CACGGGGUCUGCAGCUGAAUUAGAAACCCACCACCGCAGGAUUUGAAGUCCAAAGCCUUCACCACACCGCCUGUCUUGUUACUUCUGCGUGUUGGCACCUGCAGUGAAAGGCGCCAUAUACUGUAAAAAGAGACCUGACUUGUUUACGUACACAAACCACUCCCAAAAUUCACUUCCUUGUUUUUAAACCUCAGCUCAAUGUGCUGUUAGUAAGUAUGACAGAAGAAGUGUACGGAUGUGUAAUAGAGAGAAAGAGAGAGAGAAAGAGAAAAAGAGUGGAUGCUGGUGCCGGACAGGCCCACCGGGCGCCGCAGCUGAGGGGGGAAAAACUCCAGUGGUCCCACCCUGCGCUCUCUGAUCCGUCCCUGUUUGGGAGAGCUCGUCCAUGAUCUCAUCAGCAGUCCUGCCGUUAGAAUAAUCCGCGCUCUGUUGCGCUCCUCUCUCUCUCUCUCUCUCUCUCACUCGCUCGUCACAAUGCGCGGCUGGGCUGCAGCGAAACACUGAGCUGGAUCGUCCUCUCCAUCACCGCCGCGCGCUCUCUCUCUCUCCCUCCUCCCAGCCUCCCUCCCUCCUUCACUAGCUGAGCUAAUUCACUUCAGCAAAGGUCAUUCCGUCUUCCCACUCCUCUGGGCUGCAGCCACAGCUCCACGUAGGAGGCCCCAGAGCAGGACUGUAUAGCGGGGGCACCGAUCACCUCUUUUGCUCUCUCUCUCUCUCCUUCACCGAGUCUGCAUGUAACGGAAAUCCGAAGAAAGUGACACAAGGAGCGGCAGCGCCUGAUUCAGGAACAUGGCUUCCCCCACCUCCUCCUCUUCGCCAGGAGGCGGGACCUCUCCGACAAAUCAGGAGCGCAUUCGCCAGUCUGACAGCAACACAAGCUUCCUACGAGCUGCCAGGGCGGGCAACAUCGACAAGGUGCUGGAAUAUCUCAAGAGUGGCAUUGACAUAAGCACCUGUAAUCAGAAUGGACUCAAUGCUCUACAUUUGGCUGCCAAAGAAGGCCAUGUUGACCUUGUCCAGGAGUUGCUGGACAGAGGCUCUGCGGUGGAUUCUGCCACUAAGAAAGGAAACACAGCUUUGCACAUUGCAUCGUUGGCAGGACAGGCUGAAGUGGUGAAGAUUCUUGUGAAACGCGGAGCUGAUGUUAAUGCGCAGUCUCAGAAUGGUUUCACACCCUUGUAUAUGGCAUCCCAGGAAAACCAUUUGGAUGUUGUGCGGUACCUGCUGGAGAAUGGAGCCAACCAGAGCACUGCCACAGAGGAUGGCUUCACUCCACUGGCUGUUGCACUGCAACAGGGUCACAAUCAAGUGGUUGCCAUCCUCCUAGAAAAUGACACCAAAGGGAAAGUGCGUCUGCCUGCCCUUCAUAUUGCUGCACGCAAAGAUGACACCAAGUCUGCAGCACUCUUACUUCAGAAUGACCACAACGCCGAUGUCCAGUCCAAGAUGAUGGUUAAUAGGACUACAGAGAGUGGCUUUACCCCCCUGCACAUUGCUGCCCACUAUGGGAAUGUCAAUGUGGCCACACUCCUCCUAAACCGCGGUGCAGCAGUGGACUUCACAGCCCGGAAUGGAAUCACUCCUUUACACGUUGCGUCUAAACGAGGAAAUACUAAUAUGGUGCGCCUCCUUCUGGACCGUGGAGGACAGAUUGAUGCCAAGACUAGGGAUGGGCUCACACCUCUGCACUGUGCGGCACGAAGUGGACACGACCCAGCUGUAGAGCUGCUUCUAGAAAGGGGAGCACCAAUGCUAGCCAGGACCAAGAAUGGCCUUUCACCCCUUCACAUGGCAGCUCAGGGAGACCACGUUGAAUGCGUCAAGCACCUGCUCCAGCACAAAGCUCCAGUUGAUGAUGUCACAUUGGACUACCUGACUGCCCUUCAUGUUGCUGCUCACUGUGGCCACUACAGAGUUACCAAGCUGCUUCUGGAUAAGAGAGCCAAUCCCAACGCUCGAGCUCUGAAUGGUUUUACGCCUUUGCACAUUGCCUGUAAGAAAAACAGGGUCAAGGUCAUGGAGCUACUGGUGAAGUAUGGUGCGUCCAUCCAAGCCAUCACAGAGUCUGGCCUAACACCAAUACAUGUGGCUGCCUUUAUGGGCCACCUGAACAUUGUCCUGCUGCUGUUGCAGAAUGGGGCAUCUCCAGAUGUCACCAACAUUCGUGGCGAGACUGCCCUACACAUGGCUGCACGUGCUGGUCAAGUGGAAGUUGUUCGCUGCCUCUUAAGAAAUGGAGCCCUUGUAGAUGCCAGAGCUCGGGAGGAUCAGACACCUCUCCACAUUGCUUCACGACUUGGCAAAACUGAAAUUGUUCAGUUGCUGUUGCAGCACAUGGCACACCCUGACGCAGCUACCACAAACGGAUAUACUCCAUUACACAUCUCUGCCAGAGAGGGACAGGUGGACGUAGCCUCUGUUCUGCUAGAGGCUGGGGCUUCACACUCCUUGGCAACUAAGGCAAGAUUCACUCCUCUGCAUGUUGCUGCUAAGUAUGGAAGUCUUGACGUGGCCAAACUUCUCCUGCAACGCCGAGCUCCUCCUGACUCUUCAGGCAAGGUUAUGUUGGAAGCAAAAAUGGUGAACGGCCUCACCCCACUCCAUGUUGCUGCACACUAUGAUAACCAGAAGGUGGCACUGUUGCUGCUGGACAAGGGGUCUUCACCCCACGCCACAGCUAAGAAUGGUUACACUCCACUCCAUAUUGCUGCUAAGAAAAACCAAAUGGACAUCGCCAGGACCCUCCUGGAAUAUGGAGCAGAAACAAACAUUCUGACCAAGCAGGGUGUGACACCACUACACUUGGCAUCUCAAGAAGGUCACCGAGACAUGGUUUCACUGCUUUUGCAGAAAGGUGCCAACAUCAAUGUGACAACCAAGAAUGGAUUGACAUCACUCCAUCUGGCUGCUCAAGAAGACAAAAUUAAUGUGGCAGAGAUUUUGGCAAAAAAUGAUGCAAAUCUUGAUGCACAGACAAAGCUGGGCUACACUCCUCUCAUUGUAGCUUGUCACUAUGGGAACAUCAAGAUGGUGAACUACCUUCUUCAGCAGGGCGCCAACGUCGGUGCUAAAACAAAGAAUGGUUAUACUCCCUUGCACCAAGCAGCACAACAAGGUCACACUCACAUAAUCAACGUCCUGCUGCAACAUGGAGCCAAGCCCAAUGCUGUCACAAUGAAUGGCAAUACUGCUCUUGCAAUCGCCAAGCGCCUGGGUUACAUCUCAGUGGUCGAUACUCUCAAGGUUGUAACUGAGGAGGUCACCACUACCACAACGACAGUGACUGAGAAACAUAAACUGAAUGUUCCUGAGACUAUGACUGAGGUGCUUGAGGUUUCUGAUGAGGAAGCCCUUAGGCAGUGUGAGGACGAGCACUUUACAGACGGAGAGUCAAUCGACUUGGAAGGUGAUGACACCAUGACAGGAGAUGCAGGAGAAUAUUUAAGGGCGGAGGACCUCCGGGAAUUGGGCGACGACUCUCUGCCUGGCCAGUAUUUGGAUGGAAUGAAUUAUUUAAGAUUCACUUUAGAUGGAGGCCGCUCAGACAGCCUUCGGUCCUUCAGUUCUGACAGGUCCCACAUGAGCCAUGGAUCCUACCUAAGAAACAACGUCCUGAUUGAAGAUAUGAUCUCCAACCAACAGGUGUGCGCUCUUGCCAGGGAAGCAGAAAAAGACUCUUACCGCUUGAGCUGGGGCACCGAUCAUUUGGACAAUAUAGCCGUUUCUUCUAGUCCAAUUCAUUCAGGCCGCUCCUCUCCAUGCCUUGAUCAUGACAAUAGCAGCUUUCUGGUUAGUUUCAUGGUGGACGCCCGUGGUGGAGCCAUGCGAGGUUGCCGCCACAAUGGAUUGCGGAUCAUCAUUCCUCCUCGAAAGUGCACUGCUCCAACACGAGUCACUUGCCGGUUAGUGAAACGACACCGCUUGGCCACCAUGCCUCCCAUGGUGGAAGGGGAAGGCCUGGCCAGUAGGCUGAUAGAAGUUGGCCCAUCUGGAGCGCAGUUUCUCGGUAAACUUCACCUUCCAACUGCUCCUCCCCCUCUUAAUGAGGGAGAAAGUUUGGUUAGCCGAAUUCUGCAGCUCGGGCCUCCUGGAACAAAAUUUCUGGGACCAGUGAUCGUGGAGAUUCCGCACUUCGCAGCACUGAGAGGGAAGGAGAGGGAAUUAGUAAUCUUACGGAGUGAAACCGGAGAAAGCUGGAAGGAGCACCAAUGUGAAUUCACAGAAGAGGAGCUUAACGAGAUCCUCAAUGGCAUGGAUGAAGAACUCGACACACCUGAAGAACUGGAGAAAAAGCGAAUUUGCCGCAUCAUCACCAGAGAUUUCCCACAGUACUUUGCAGUGGUUUCUAGAGUCAAACAGGACAACAAUCUGAUUGGACCAGAAGGUGGCGUCCUAAGCAGUACUGUGGUGUCACAGGUCCAAGCCGUCUUUCCUGAAGGGGCCUUAACUAAACGGAUCAGAGUUGGCCUACAGGCCCAGCCAAUGAGUAGUGAGGUUGUGAGAAAGAUUUUGGGCAACAAAGCAACAUUUAGCCCGAUUGUCACCUUGGAACCCAGGAGAAGGAAAUUCCACAAGCCAAUCACUAUGACAAUUCCAGUUCCUAAAUCUUCCACCGACGGAAUGAUGAAUGGAUACGGAGGAGAUACUCCAACACUCCGACUACUAUGCAGUAUUACAGGUGGUACAACUCCUGCACAAUGGGAAGACAUCACAGGAACAACUCCAUUAACAUUUGUUAAUCAGUGUGUUUCCUUCACCACUAAUGUAUCGGCAAGGUUUUGGCUAAUAGACUGCCGACAGAUUCAGGAGUCUGUAAAUUUUGCCACACAAGUGUACAGAGAGAUUAUAUGUGUACCCUAUAUGGCCAAAUUUGUAAUCUUUGCCAAAUCCCAUGACCCCAUAGAAGCUCGGUUAAGGUGCUUCUGCAUGACCGAUGACAAAGUAGACAAGACACUGGAGCAGCAGGAGAACUUCACGGAGGUGGCCAGAAGCAGAGAUGUGGAGGUGCUAGAGGGAAAACCAAUAUAUGCAGACUGCUUUGGGAAUCUCGUUCCAUUAACAAAGAGUGGUCAACAUCACCUGUUCAGUUUCUACGCCUUCAAGGAAAACAGACUUGCACUUUUUAUCAAGGUCCGAGACAGCACUCAAGAGCCCUGUGGGCGCCUAUCAUUCAUGAAGGAACCAAGAUCCUACAGAGGCUUGGCACAGCACGCCAUUUGUAACCUGAACAUAACGUUACCUGCUUACGUGAAGGAAUCUGAUUCGGAUCAGGAACAUGAGGAUGAGACCAGCAAGAGUCAUGAGAAAUAUGAUGACGACACUGAAUCCACUGAUACCUCUGCACUGAAAACACACUUGAUUCGGGACCCCCCAGCACUAGCGAGCCCUGACAUCCUCUCAGAAGUGUCUGAAAUGAAGCAGGACUUGAUAAAGAUGACUGCCAUUCUAACAAGUGACGCCACAGAGAAGGCGAGCUCAAUCGAGCGGGGCACUCUAGGAAAGGGUGCUGAGGAGGUACCAGGAGAGCCAUUUGAAAUUGUUGAAAAAGUGAAAGAGGACCUGGAGAAAGUAAGUGAAAUUCUUCGAGGUGGUCCUUAUCUGAGUAAGAAGGAGAGACGGAAGGAAGAUGGUGACAGAAUUGCAGCUAGGCAGGAAGAGGAGUGGGAGCUCCUCAGCGAUGGAGAAAUCGAAGAAGCCCGAACAAGGGCUCCAAAGGAAGUUUAUGAGCCAGCCUUCAAGGAAGUUAAACUUGACAGAGGACAUGUUCCAAAAAGUUCUGUCAAGGACAUGUCGGGUAUGGUGUCAUACCUAGAUAGUGACCUUAACGAUUACCUCUUUCAGCAGCCCUUGCCUGCCAUUGUUGAACCUCAAGAAGAUAUAGUCCAGGAAAGAUGUACAGAGGUGUACAUUAAAAGGGAGGCUGGAAAGAAGCAUGAAUUUUCUUCUUUACAGGAGGGCCAAAAGUCAUCUCCAGGGAUCAAAAAGCCAGUUAGGAGAAAACUGAAAGAACGGACAAAAGCUUCGACCGAAGAGGCGCCCGUGCACGAAUCAGAGUCCGAUGUUUCUCGCUUUAGUUCCGAAGAGUCUUUGGAUGAGGACGUCAUUUUGGCCACCUCUCCGACGCCAGCUCCCAUUAAGGUUUCUCCUGUGGUCGAGGAGACUCCCAUAGGAUCAAUUAAAGAAAAGGUAAAGGCUCUUCAGAAGAAGGUGGAAGAGGAACAAAAGGGAAGAACGCAAAUGCCCAGCAAGAUUCCAAAGAGAGAAGAGACGACAGUCUCUCAGGAUAAAAGAGAAUCGCAGCAACAGACACACAAAGUACAAUCUAGUUCGUCCGAAAGGCUGGAGGAGACCAUGUCUGUAAGGGAACUAAUGAAAGCUUUCCAGACAGGGCAAGAUCCCUCCAAAAGAAGGUCAGGGCUCUUUGAGCACAAAUCUGCUCAAUUAUCAGGUGAGCAAUCACAGUCAGCAGAUGUGACCCAUAAAGUUCAAUGCCAGUCAUCCAUGAUAGCCACACAGAGUAAAGAACACACGUCAGAACCAUUGACAGUAACCCACAGACAGACAUUUAGCACACAUUUAGAGUCUCUCUCAACCACAAGUACUACAGACGCUCAUGAUGAUCCAUCAUUAACUCAUACAAAGUCAGACAGCAUUGACUCUAAAAGCCAUCUGAAACAGGAGGGAAUGCAGCAUGCCCAAAGGAAAGUUGUCAACCCAAAAGAAGGGGGCUUUCAGAUGGGUAAAGAGCCCAUUAAAGCUGUGGAAACAGGACACAAAGUAGAUGGAAAUCUCACUAGAAUCAAUGGAGAUGAUCAAUAUCUGGAAAAAGUGGCUACGGGUACCACCCCCCCUGACUUAAAUAUUACACUUUCCGCAGACUUCGCUAAAGAAGAAUUUUUACCUGAAAUCACAUUACAGAAUGGGGUCCUUGAUGAUAGCUCUGAAAGCCUCAAACAUGAGGGGGUAGCAGAUUCACCAAGUAUCAGCCUAGGUGAUGGAACACCUCAGAUAAGCUCAGAAGAAAGUUAUAAACAUGAGGGCUUGGCAGAGACUCCAGAGACAAGCCCAGAAAGCUUAUCAUUUUCUCCAAAGAAAGUUGAACAGCAAAUAUUAGAAAGAGCCAAGCAGAUAGGUCCAGUUGGAGCUGUUCACGAAAGAGACUCUUCUGCUAGAGUUUCCUUCAUGACUUUGUCUGAAACCCAGCUUCAAGAGACCGUGACCGAGUGUCAGUCAAUUGAUGCUGUUGUGAUGUUGGCAACGGAUGACUCAGAGGGUCGAAGGACAAGUGAGUCAACAUUUGACACCGAGAAGGAAAAGGAACGACGCAUAGUCCAGGAAGAGCACAAACCUCGAUCUGAUUCACGGAGGGUGUCGGACACAGUUGACACUCUUUUAAACCCUGAGGAAGAUGACGCUCCAGUGCCUGAAGGGAAGAGUGUAGCAGAGCCAUCCAUUUCCCUAAAAACAGAAAGUGAUUAUUUGUAUCGCCAUGAAAGCUUAGAUUUGCAACUCCACCAGCAGGAAUCAGAAGGCCUCAGCCCUGUUGCCGAUGAUUCUUUGACAAUCAGUCAUAAGGAUUCUUUAGAAGGUAGCCCCGUUCAAGAGGACAAUUCCUCCCGUAAAACGCCAGAUUCCAUCGAGCCAAGUCCCACUAAAGAGUCUCCUUGCCGAGAUUCUUUAGAAAACAGCCCAGUGGAUCAAAAAGCAAGACCAGUCUUUCCACCAGUGGAGCCAACUUGUCAGACUGUACCUUUGAGAACUGAUUUCCCUUCAGAGAUUGUGAGAAAUAGACUCCUCCGAGACCCUGAAGGCAGCGCUGAUGACGAUAGCUUAGAACAAACGUCGCAAAUGGAGAGUUCUGGAAAAAGCCCUCUGUCACCCGAUACCCCCAGCUCAGAAGAAGUGAGCUAUGAGGUGACCCCUAAAACACCAGAAGUGCAAGUUUUGUCUGUGCUAUCAAAACCAUCUCCAAUUCCUGAAGAUGCCGAAGAAGCAGAAGAUGAUUCCUCAGAUAGCAGUGAACCAAAAAAGAAAUUUACACCUGAAGAAGAAAUGUUUAAAAUGGCAGCCAAAAUUAAAACAUUUGAUGAAAUGGAGCAAGAAGCAAAAUGUAAGAAAGAUGUCAAAAAAGACACCAAACAGGCUGAGGGGAUUUGCACCUCUGGUCUUGGAGAUGACUGUGAUAUCCAAGUGCGAGUCAUCUCUUAUCAUCGUAGCUCCUCUGACAGCGACUCUGAGGUUUCUCAUCUUACAAGCACGGCUGACUCCCAUCUACUCGGGGAACCGCUAAUUACGGUUCAGCCUCCUUCUCCUCUUCCUCCCGGUGCAGGUGACAGUUCCAGCCCAGAAGAGUUUGACUUGGAGCAUUCCAUACCUCACAGUAAAACUUCAGAAAUCAGUGCAGCAGAGCCGAGCUUAGAUAGUGAAGGACCAUGUCAAACAGGUGGCAGUUUUAGCUCAAUUCAAGAAGAUGACGGGUUCAAAAGGGAGUCUUUGAUAACAGAAGUGGAACAAAAAACUCCUGCUCAGUCUGCUGACAUAUUACGAGAUCAGAAGUCUGCUUGUGAAAUGGAGUCUGAGGUUCAGUCCAAAAAAUGUGGCCAAGAUAUUGGCUGUGAAUAUUCUCUUGUAACGGACACAUUGGAAUAUCAGCAGAGCCAAGAAACGGCAGAGGUGACCAGUCCCUAUGAUAAUGUUGCACCAGAGCAUCUAGAAGAUACUUAUGAUGUCACUGAUACCCCAGCAGGAGUCAAUGUAACCGAUGAUGUUAAGGGAGAAAUGAUCAGAAGGUCCAAAGCACCAGCCGGAGAAACCGAUGGUGACUGCUCCGAGUAUAAUUCACAAUUUGGCACCGAACUGUGUCGUGGGCCAGAGAUUUGUAUUUCAGGUGAAAGAUCAGCAGAUGACAGAGAGGGCUUGAGUCGCACACUUCAGUCCAGGGGAGUAUUGGCAAAAGUUGAAAGUGAAGUAGAUUCUUGGAGUGCCAUACGAGAGGAUGAUGAUGCAUUUGCAGCAAGAGUCAAGGAAGAAGAACAGAAAAUAUUUGGUUUAAUGGUCGACAGGCAAUCCCAAGGACUCAGUCCUGAUACAACUCCCGUUAGAACGCCAACGGAAGAAGGAACGCCCAGCAGUGAGCAAAACCCAUUUCUAUUCCAGGAAGGCAAAUUGUUUGAAAUGACCAGAAGUGGGGCAAUUGAUAUGAGCAAAAGAAGCUAUGCGGAUGAUGGCUUUCACUUUUUCCAAAUUGGCGACCAGCCGGUUGAAGAAGACUUACUAGAAGAAGAAGAUGAAGAAGAAGAGAAGGAAAUGUCCAACAAAGGGACCUGUCCUUUAGAUGAAGACGGGUUACCCAGUGAGAGAAUGAGCAGUGACGUCAGCCGUGCCUACCUACCAUCAGAAGUUUCAUUUUCUGAAUCCUGUUCUAAAUCUGAGGGCAGUGAGGACACUUCAGAAUAUGGUUCAAGUUCUCCAACAACAAAAUCAAGAAUCCCAAUUAAAAUGGGAAUUUCGGCUUCAACCAAAAGUAUAAAAAGUGUCUCCUCUUCAGCUGAAACAACAGAGGUGAAUCCCAUAUUAGAUGAUGAAUCUGUAGAUGAGUGUCUCCUUGUUUCAGAGACUUCCAUUACUAAUGUCCAGUUAGACUUUUCCACUGUCACCAGGUCUGUUUAUGCUGAACAAGAAGAAGAAUCUUCAGAUUCUUCCCCGGAAGAUCAGCGGUCUGUGAUCGAAAUCCCUACGGUGGCCUCAGAAAACGUUGUCCUCUCCAAAGCAACCCCUGAAACUCUGGACCAAGAAAGCUGUUCUGAACCUUCCUACACAGCAUCUUUGUCAAGUGACCUUUCUUUGCAACCUGUUUCACACGUGGAUGGUCAUAAAGAGGAAUUUGAAGAAGAAGAAGAAACUAAGCCCAAAUCCAAAAUACCUGUCAAAUCUGGCAUCACCAAGGCAGAACACACUGCUCAGCCUGUGGUUAAACGAUCCGAGUCUCUUAAAGGUGCUGAAAAGAAGUGCAAAUUGCCGGUCAAGCAAGACCAGAGGAGUAAAUCCGAAUCGGACACAGCAGUAGCCAGAGAUGCAAAAUCUAGACAAACUGUCAAAUCCAAGAGAUUAUCAGAAGCAGAACCAUCUGCUGUUCAUGAAGAUGUGAAGAGCGAAACAGAAUGCGGCGACAGUUUAAAGCACAAGGCGUUUCAAUCAAAACUCCCAAUAAAAGUAAAGUCCGCCCAAACGGCCCAGGAGUCCCCGUCGGGCAAAGAGAGCAAGGAGCGAUUCUUUGAACUCUACAAACAUUCCAUAGAAUUCUUUGAAGAGAUAAGCGAUGAAGCAUCAAAAUUAGUAGAAAGGUUAACUCAGGCGGAACGGGAGCAAGAAGCCGUUUCCGAUGACGAGAGCAGCACUCUGGACGGCUCUGUGAUUGAAAACGAGCCACUGUUUGAAUCUCAGAUACCGCUACCUGAAGACAUCUUUGACAUGAGACCCAUCUGGGAUGAGUCGGUUGAGACUCAGAUUCAACGCAUUCCUGAUGACAAUGUCCGCGACCGACAUGAAGGUCCUCAAGAGGACGAAGAGCGGAGUAAAGAGCGGUUGGCUGUCAUUGCUGACCACUUGGGCUUCAGCUGGACAGAACUUGCACGAGAGCUGGACUUUACUGAGGAACAGAUUCAUCAGAUAAGAGUUGAAAAUCCCAACUCAUUACUGGACCAAAGUCACGCCCUUCUGAAACACUGGAUGGAACGAGACGGCAAACAUGCAACAGAAAAUAAUUUAAUCCAGACGCUUACAAAGAUUAACAGAAUGGAUAUAGUUCACCUUAUUGAAACAUCAAAUAUUCACCCUGCUCAAGACCAGACGUCCCGGACCUAUGCGGAGAUUGAGCAGACUAUAGCACUGGACCAUAGUGAAGGAUUCUCUGCACUCCAUGAAGACAUAUACAGCCCAAGAAGUAUUCACCAUGUAGGAAGCACAGGCACAGAGCGGCCUCCUUCAGAUCAUCAGCCUCCAAUGGUGUCAGAGGAAGAUGUCUCCAUAAGCUACUCCAUGCCUCAAGAAGUGGCCCCCAGAACGGAUGCCGAGGUUUCUGUCGCAGAGCUCUUGAGGCAAGCACAGAGGGAGAAACUGCAGGCAGAGAUGGACGGAAAACUGGAAACUCUUUCAGAGGCCUCCUCUGUUCAAAGACAUGAAUACACCUCAAUCCAAGGAGCAGAAGAGAGAUCCCAUUCAACGCCAGUCAAAGAGGGCACACAAUCAAUGACUCUGGCCGAGUACAUGAGAGACCAUGGUGAACAAGAAAUAGCGGAGGAGCUAGGGGAGUUGGAGGAUAGCUCAGAUGAAGAGGAGGUGCUAACGACAAGGGUCAUCCGGCGCCGAGUUAUCAUCCAGGGAGACGAGAUGCCAGACAUUCCUCCUGAAUCCGUCACAGAGGAGCAGUACACAGAUGAGCACGGCCACAUUGUCGUAAAGAAGGUCACCAGGAAAAUAAUUAGGCGUUACGUUUCACCAGAUGGUACAGAAAAAGAAGAAGUGUUAAUGCAGGGACCCGAUCAAGAACCAGUCAGCAUUGAGGAGGGCGACACGUAUUCCAAAGUUGUAAAAAGAACAGUUUUGAAGAGUGAAAGUGACCAAACCGAGGUGAAAUUUUCAGAACCCCAUGCCAUUGCAAGUGGCUCUUCAGAGUUUCAGAUGGAACCCGUUCAUGGUCGCAAGGUUAGCAAAGUCAUCAAAACAACAGUGAUGCACGGAGAGAGGAUGGAGAAGCUCCUUGGAGACACUACGCUAUCUACUGAUCUUCCAUCAGCCAAAGAGGACUUUGAGCAGGCCCUGACCUAUGCUGGGGGCUCUUCGAAAGUCCAACUACCGAACUUAGUUGAACAGGAAAUUGUAAAGGACGAUGGAUCAGUGAUCAAAAGGACAAAGCUGUGUAAAGUCAACACCCGGAAGAGGACUGUGGUGAAGGACGCAGAAGGACAGCAUGUGCACCUGGAGCGGCUCGAGGACGUUCCUGAGGCCUUGCAGAAAGACGACCUUCAGCACGACCUGCAACAGCUCCUCAGCCGCUUCUGCACGGACAAGCAGCCACACGAAGCCAAGUAAACGCAGGCCAGCGUCUUUUGUUUUAGUUUCUCCUAAACGUAUCGAUUUGGCACACGGAGGCAUUCAGAGAGUCUCCCUGCGCCUUCACGUGGCCCCUGCACUCUUUGUUUCCUUUCUUCUCCACCACUUUUCCAUUUUCUUUUUGUUUUGUUAAAACCAUUUGGCAAAUUUUUGCGACCAAAGAGAGUGUCAAGUUUUAGUUGGGUGACAUCACCAAGAAGAUCUCUGCUAUCGUUCAACAGGAGCUUUGCCCGAUGGAUGACGGUUACUGCACAGUCGACUUCGUCCACAGACCUCUUCGCAAAACACGUCUGGACUGUCAAAAUGGAGAGAGAAGGAGCGAGAAACUAUUUGGACUCAUUCAAAUGUAUAUACAGCUAGAGCGCUUGGACUUGCUAAAGUACACUGCCUAUCGUAAUUCCACUAAGCACCACUGCUCACUGGAUCAUCCUCGUUCCUCAUGGGAUGGCCGUCUCUUUAGGCCCAGAGGUCAAGGAAGGACAGAAAAACGAAACCAGUCCGCGAACCCAAGAGAGCGAAGGUCACGUCAUCGUCACCGCAGCCGAUGCCCCGGACGUGUCCACAGGCUGGUAUCCAUGCUUAAGAAUAGGGAGGGCAAAAGAGCCCAGGGUGGCAUCAGCUGCCGUGGCUUCUUCCGAAUCCUCUGCGUCCGCCCGUGUGGGUGAGGGUGAGGUGGCACGGCAUUGGCCAGUUCACACUAGUGGCGCCUGAGCCCAUCCGAGGGGUGGCGUUCGUUUCGCUACUUGUUUUCUUUCAUUCCUGCAUGUGGCGUGCAAGGCUGUCGUUGGCACAUAACGGCUUGGUAUUCCCUAAUGGCACUGAGUGGGCUUCUUCGGAGCCUCGUGUGCUUUGUUUGGAGUUCCGCUCGGUCUUUUUUUUUUUUUUUUGCGACUUUGUACACUUUCACGUUUUGUCUUCUUUUUUGCACUUUUGUUUUUUUAUUUUUAUUGUCCACCUUCCGAGACCUGCUGCAGCAUUUUCACAGCAGUGCGCACACACACGGCAUCCCAUGACGGCCCCGUCGCAGUUGGACUCGGCACCGGUGACGACUUCCCGCAUCUCCCUCGGUUGGCGCACACGUAAGAGUCGAGGGGAAAAGCUUUGUAUGUAACCUUGUAGCCAAGAGUGUGACAUUCUGCCAUUUUUACGGAAAAGCCGCCUUUUCUGCGAGUCGCCACAGCCGCCUGUACGGAUUUGCACGAGAUGACAGCAACCACACGAUUUUGUCUUUGAGCGGGUUGAAGGGAAGUUUCCGUGGUGUUGUUUGCGGUGCAGAAUAUAUCGAUGUAAUGACAUUAUGGUUUUUCACUUUACUGUUUUCUUUUUGUGUAAUCAAGAAAUUUCAGAACUGUGAGAGAAGUAAACUUUUAAGUUGAUGAAUCAGCAUCUUGUUCCCAUGGUGAUAACGACUAUCUAUAUACCGUAUAUCUAUGAGGGCAUGUAUUAGCUAACAAAAAAAAAAGAAUUAAUGAACAUUAAACACUAACGAUGCAUAGCAGCUGCAAUGUGUACAUGGCUGAGUUACCGAAAUAAAAUAUCCAAGUGUUAAAUGUA